UGGACUCGCGUGACGCCGACUCGGAGCUCCUCAGUCCGGGCAAGCUAACGCCGACCUCGGGGAUAAGCGUCUCGGUCGCGAGCAUGAUCGACGCGACGGACUUCAGGGCGAUGCAGCCGGAGCCGACCUAUCAGACGUUGACCUCGGUCGCGGAAAGGAUGUCGCCGCCCGGCUUCAGUCCGGGCUCCUCUUACGCGACCCUGACGCCGUUACAGCCGUUGCCGCCGAUCUCGACGAUGAGCGACAAGUUUGUAUACAGUGCACACGCGGCUGGCGGCGUCACCGGUAGUUUCGCGGUGAUGCAGAACAACGGCCUCGGUAACAUCGGCCUCGGGAUGGGCAGCUCGCCGUACGCGUACGACAAACUGCCUUCGAUGGGCAUGUCGCCGCCGCACAAUUAUCCCUCGCCGGGCGCGGGCCUUCAGCCGAGUCCUCUAUCGCCGCAGAGCGCCUACAGCCAGAGCGGACUUAACUCGCCGCACAAGUCUGCCAGUCCUCACUACGAUCCGGCCUUUUUGCCGAGGUUGCAGCAGAGUCCGGCGGCCCUGAGCCCUUCCUCGCCGCCGGCGGUCUCGGCGACGGCCAGUUUCGCGCCUUCUCACCAUUCCCCGCCCACGCACUCUGUGCCGGCUGCCUCGCCGCCUCCUAUGCAAACGCAGCUGCAGCAACAGCAGCAACAGCAGCAGCAACAACAGCAGCAACAACAGCAGCAGCAGCAGCAACAGUCGAUGCCGCAGCAGACGAUAUCGCACACGCAGCACGUGCAGCACACCUCGGUCGUGAUGAAGACAGUGUCCUCGGCCGGCAACGGGGCUGGCGAGGUAGAGGAGAUCAACACCAAGGAGCUGGCGCAGAGGAUCAGCGCCGAGCUCAAGAGGUACAGCAUACCGCAGGCGAUAUUCGCGCAGAGGGUCCUCUGUCGUAGCCAGGGCACCCUCAGCGACUUGCUGCGCAACCCGAAGCCCUGGUCCAAGCUCAAGAGCGGACGCGAGACCUUCCGACGGAUGUGGAAGUGGCUACAAGAGCCCGAGUUUCAAAGAAUGUCGGCCUUGCGGCUAGCAGCCCUGAGCAACUGCUCUGAGAGCGGAGGCGAGCCGGAAGCCAUGCUGGAUAUCCACCACCCAGGAACCGGUCUCGAGACUCAUCAUCAACAGUUUCACAACUCAUAUGCUGCACAGAUUCCACAACGCGGAACAUGCAAGAGGAAAGACGAGAUGGCGAGCCAGGCAGAACACCAACAGCCCGCCCCCAAGAAACCGCGCCUGGUUUUCACAGACCUUCAGCGCCGUACUCUACAGGCUAUUUUUAAAGAGACCAAAAGGCCAUCGAAAGAGAUGCAGGUGACAAUCGCCAGGCAGCUGGGCCUGGAACCGACGACGGUCGGCAACUUCUUCAUGAACGCUCGACGCCGGUCCAUGGACAAGUGGAAGGACGAGGACCCGAAGACCGUCGCGGUCGAUGAGGGACAGCUAUCACCCACAAUAGGUAUCGGGCAACGGCAGCCAAGCGACGUUUUGUGACACACGUCCGACCACGAGGAGUACCACGACGAGUCACCCGAAGAAGACUUGCCCUUCUCGUAAGGGCGGUGCGUUUCACGCGACGCGACGCGUUGCUGCGAUUUCGAGCGAGGGGAUAUCUCCAACUGGCCUGGAACGUCAGUUUUUUCACCCGUUAAACGAUGAUCUUCGCGAUCGGUGGUCGGUGAUCGGUGAUCGGGGGAUUUGUUUCGAUUACGUUGCGGGGACCAUGGGUUCGGAACGAAGCGUUUUUCGACACUCCGGGUGCUCUACGCAAGGAUCGACGAGACAUUUCGCACUUUGCGGUGCAAAGUUCUCGCGGGGCGUUCGUAUCAGAACGCGGACGUCUUUGGGAAUGUCUCGAAAAGCCUUACAAAUUAGCGAGAAAGAUAUUUGCCGAGGGAAGAUAGUUGUAUAGUCGAGCGUGUAGCCGUUGUCAGGAACAAAGUCCUUCGUUCGCUCGUAACACAACGUCGUUGUCGUUGUCGUUGGAUAUUUUCCCCUCUCUUUGCAGAAAAUUUGAAUAAUUCGCAAGAACCGAAGAGGGGCGAAAAUAUCGACGAUACCGACGGUUGGUUAUCAUUUACAAUCGAAUACACGAGUCAACGAAGGAUCCGUUGGAGACAAACGCGUUAACUACGUUCUUUCCUUUCGAGUCAUGACACGCGAACGUUUCAACGAGUUGCACUUACAGCUAGAGAAAUUUUAAGGCAUUAUACAGAGUACUGCGUCGUUCGUGUGCAAAUGAUACCUAAAUUUCCAGUUUUAGGACAAUUAGUAAAUAGCAUAAAGUUAUUUUAUAUCUAUCGUCGUACGCGAUACUAUUAUCUUAAAGGGACACGAAGCACGGUAGUAUAGAAAAUACAGGGUGGUUCGACGAACGUAAUUUCCUAAUCUUUUUCAAAGUGCGGAGUAUAUUUUUCCAUCGUUGCCGUGAUAAGAAAAUCCUAUUUAUUUCGACUAAUAUACGGACAGCACAAAAAUAUUCACCAUUGCCUGUCUCGAUGAGUUUCGACUCUAACUUUUUCUACGGGAACAAGUAGCUCUGAUUUCGUCCAAUUAACAGGCGGUAGACUUCGUUCGACCGUUCGAAUAUCGUACGCGAAGCACCAAGCAUCCCCGAUGCUUUCAAGAUUCGAUUCGGGUGCUUGGAGAAUUCACGACGGCUGAAUUUCGUAGCGGUUCAAUCGAAAGCGAAACGAAUUUCAAGGCAGAACCGGACGUUGUUCAAACUAUCACACAACGACGUAAUUAUCUUAUAACCGCGGUCGUAACGUCGUCUGAAAAGCACAGUCACUGUGAUCAUUUUUUAACGACGACCGUCCGUAACGCGCGUGGCAGCCUUGUUCGUGAAUAUUACAGUCAAGCCCUACCCCUCUACGGCCACGUCCAUUUUGUUCAACCUACUGACAAACUAUUUCCUUUCCCAACUAUUCGAUUCUACCGUAAAAGGAACAAGUUCCGGUUCUGUCGUCGCUGACGGUUUUUUCCCCCCACCGAGAGACUGUUGUUUCGUGGAAAAAUUUGGAUUCGAAAACGUAGAAAUACUUAGAACGACGGUAAAUUCGAUCGAUAGAUUGGUGAUCGUGCAAUAAUAAACUAACAUGACGUUCCAGAGAUCGAAAUCGAGCAUCGUCUAGCCGCGUCGAUAGAAACCGUGCCAGCCGGCGACUUUUCACCGCUAUAAUUCCCUCCUCCCCCCCUCCCCCUCUAGCCAUCGAGCUCGAACGGCCCUCGAAUCGAGAAUCACCGAAUCAGCGAAUCGUUCGAAACGUCGAAUCGAGCCUCUUCGGAAACUUGGUGCCAUAAUUUGCCAUACUAGAUUCAUCCCCUUGAUUUAAAACACUUUCUAGUCUAUGCGCGUCAAAGGUGCUUCUCCGACGGACGGCAUUUUUUAUCUAGUCAAAAUUGCGAAAGACGCGCCCCCGUAAGCUUCAUCGACGAGGAAAGGUUCGACCCAAACGUAUAGCAAUAUUUUAAACGGUAAUCGUACGAGGGGAAACCGUUGCCGCGUUUUCUCGCGCGUUGAACCCUUUGCGAUUGCCCGUGUUCCCGCAGCGAGCGGCCAGAAUUUAUUUAACGAAAAGAUACACUCGACGUCGAGCGUCGGGGUACUUUUUAAUACUGUAAUAAAUAUUUUAGACAAUGGACCGUUUCAGCGUCGCGUGGACAACUCUCGUGCCAUGUUUUAUUUAAGAUAAAAAAGAAGAAGGGAUAUCGAAAAGUGGCUCGUCGAUCGCAAAGGGUUUCGGGGCUGCACGAAUUUCGAAAAUUUGUGUAACUUUUUUUUUUGGGAAAAAAAGAGUACCUUUCCUAGAAAAUGAGGAAGCUUGUCCAACAACGAUCGACGUCGUCGCUUUGAAAGAUCGAUAGACAAUACGUCCCGAAUUUCAAUUCCCAUACCUUCAGAAACGCACGCAUACCUUGGAAAAGAAACAACGACGAGCUAAAAAUUUUCCCUGACGAUAAUUCUGGAAUGAUCGCUGGUAAAAAAGUAGACUGUGAGUUUAAAGCGACGACGCCUCGAUCGACGAAUAAAAGCACUGCGCGAAAAUUGAUGAAACAGAGAGGGCGAGAGAUCGAGGGGGGAGGAGAUGCUGGUCCGUAAACUCGUCGGCGAAAGAGGGUGCAGCGUUCAGGACUCGUCGUGUCCUCGUUGGUCGCUAAAAAGGGACAACCGAAUGAACCCGUUAAAACUGAACAAGAACGCAAACAAGAACAGCUUCGUUUCUUAACAAAACACAGUUACACUCACACUCACGCGCGUACGCGCGCGCGUACACUCUCUCACACACACACCCACACACACACAGUCACACGCGUACACAUGUACACACACGCGAAUGAAAAAUAAAGAGACAGACAGACAGACACGCAAACAAACAAAAAAGUGGCAUCGUGUCGAGGGUGCACGUGCCAAGUGAUAUAUUCUAUGUAUGUAAUGAACAUUGUAUAUCAGAGUGGACGCUGUUUUGUGCGAAUCGACGGAGAAGAGACGGACACGGGACGUGCGGAGGGUGAUCGUCCGCGAGAAUUAGUGGUUUCAGUGUUCACCGACAUGCGAGGAGAGAACAGAUUGCGUGCUUGGGAGAGAGAGAAAGGGAGAAUGAGUGAUCGAGCGAGUGAAAGACUUUGCGAACCGCACUCGAUACCGUACCGCAAUUGUGCUGUGCUAUUGUACAUAUUAAAGAACGAGAGAGGCGAGACACGCGAGAGACACACACACACAGAGACAUUCGAUCGCGUGGAAGUGCGGCGAUCGAACAGACUGAACGAGAGAAGAACGACCGAUUUUCAGUCGAACGGGGAGGUGGCUUCUUUUCGCGUUUCCCGCUUGCACGCGAGCCGUUCCUCCUUUGGAAAAAUUAUUCGUUUCUUUUUUGCGUUCGAUGGUGAAAUUAAUUUUUAAGCGAACACGCCGAUCCACCGGGCCCUCCCCCGCGCGACGUCCUCCCUUCACUUUCAAACUGAUUUUUAGUUUUCUCAGAGACGAAACCGAUUCGAGAAACAUGGACAAAUUCGUGUUGCGCUUUUCUUAAACGUCUUUACUAUUUUUGACCGUGAACUUGGUGUUGUUUCUCAACGCGAAUCGUAUGAACUCGAAGGGGACGAGUCGUUCGCGGGAGGAUUCGAUGCGAGAUGCGUUUAAAUAAGAAUCUUCUGUACUAGUCGAUACUGUAUUUCUACGUUAAAGCGUCCAAAUAGCAAAGUGAAAAACGCCCGGUCGAUGUUUCGCUCUAAACCGAUACUUUAAGCUUCGUCGAGCCCGCGGAGGCUCGAAUUCUGCGUUAUCGUUUUUUUUUUUCUCUCGUUUGAAUCGAAUUUCGACUUGGCCGGUGCACGCCGAAACCGGAAGUCACCGCGUUAAGAUAAACGUUAAACUCAUCGUACCAAAAAUGAACAAAAAAAAAAAAAUGCAGAGGAAACGGAAGCGGCCGUUGUCGCGGCCGUUGAUUAUAAGAACAUAUAUAGUACAAAGUAAACAUACAUUAUUGUAAUAACAGUUUAAAUUAAAUAUAAGAGGAGGGUCGCUGUUUGAACGGGGGUGCAAGGAUAGGUGAUAGAGGAAACGUUUCGACCGUUGGUUGGCUGACGCGUGACAACAGAAUGAACAUGAGUUGCGGAUAGUGGCUUGGUGCGUUGGAUUUUCAUGGAAGUUUUACUCGUCCGGCGUGGAGAAGUUUCCGUCUCGUUGUCGCGAUGAUGACUGUGCGACGACGUUGCGCUCGAGGUUCUCGCGAUUCGGUCCACGAUCAGGCUAAAUGUUCGUUUCGCAGGCAAUUCGUUCGAGAAACAAACCGUCGGUUCUCGAAAGGUGCAGAAAUCCUAUACGCCCACGCAGAACCAAACCAGAAUGUUUAGAAAGAAACAAGUUUUACAAUUAUAUUCGCGAGGUCGGAAGUUUAGAAAAUGAAAACCAAAGCAAUAACGAAGACACGCGGGAAGCUUUUAAAACGCGAAAGGAUCGUAAGAUCGAUAGCGUCUGUAGGGAACCAUAGAGAGCAGUCGUCGCAUCGUUAGAGAGGAAGAGGUUUCGCGAGUGCGCGCGUGCGGUUCAAAAUGGCGGAAGCGAACGCGGGAUCGUUGAAGGUGACCGUAACGAGACCGGAAGACGAAUCGAGAAUCGUGAUUUCGAGUCGUGGGGCAAACCGCGAAUGAAACGUACGCGAUAAGGGAUCUCUGUACGAUAAGCCUGUAAAUAGAUUAAUUGCGAUUAUUAAUUACGCUCGCGAUCGCGGACGAUUCUUCUUCUUAUUGUGGAUCAACGUCGUCGUCGUCGUUACCAUCGCCACCUUAGUCGCUAUUCUUCUUAUUACGAUUAUUUAUAUUACCAUUCCCGUUGCCAUUGAUCCGAUUUUUAUUAUCGUAACAGGACGAUUGAUUGUUGCAUAAAUACACACCGUGAACAUGUUCUUUGUUGAAGAAUGAGAGAGCGCCGAAUCGAGGGUGAAGGUCGAAGGUGGAUUUCGUUAGGACAAUUAUUCGAGAGGGUUUCGAAUCAGACGGGGUAAACGGAACAGCAAAAUAUCGUGAUCGAGUACCGACGAUCGAAAAGGAGAUCGAGCUAUCGUAGAGAAAUUGGGAAACCGAGAGACACACACGCUAGGUACACGCGAAACAAAACCCGCUAAACGUAAUG